AUGAGCCAAUAUCCCCUCGAUGAUGCAUCUCAGUCUAAUGGGCACGAACCAUGGGAACGCAACUCGGAUUACGCCCCAACACCUGGCUAUUGUGGCAGCCCCUACGCAGCAAUAUCGACCCGGAGCCCCUCCCUAUCGAGCGUAGUGGAGAACAGUAUCGAACCUACGAUUAAAUGCGCCCCACGCGCUCUUAAAUUUCUCCGGCUGUCUGACUGGGAAGACGGGAAAGCCUACGAUGAGGACCCACCAACAUGCAUCCACUACCGUAUAGAGUGGCGAGUGACAGUCAAUAACAGGGAGGUGUCAAAGGACACGGAGGAAGAUGUCGUUUUGGCACCUAGCGCCUUCUGGCAGCUGUCCUUAGAGAAAAAGUUAGAGAAGGCUUUACGACGCAAGACUGCUCGCCAUCGCCAACUGAGACCAGAUGAUACCGUCAUCGUCGCAUCAACAACCGAUCGUACCAAGCGAAAUCUGACCAAACGAUUUGACGAUACCGAUAUAUCCUGGACCCCCGUCGAAAAGCAGCUUCUAAUGUGGUCAGAUCUUUUACUUCGCGGAAAAGAACUUACGCUGAAAAUCAGUUUCAACUAUGUAGACGAUCGUCAUUCCUCUCUAUCCGCUGGCCGGAAAGGAGAGAAAAGAGGGAAGUCAUCUGUCACCCAAAGAAUACUCGGCGAGCGGGACGCACAGCUCGACGCAGAGGAAAGUACUUCUGGCGGGAGGCCAAUUUGGCGCAGCGUCUACAGUCUAAUGCGAUGUGACUCGUCGACAUAUCAGCAUAGCCCCCAUUGCUGGGUGGACCCAAUGGGGAAAAAACACUACCCACUUAAAUCUCAUCACAUCAAACGCCUGAUAACCCACGUUGAGAGGGGCGGUGUUCUAGAAGGCCACAAGGACGUGCCAGAAGCGGUUCGUGACGAAUUAUACCGGGAAGAGCAAGAUAGACUGGGCAGAGACAAGCAUAAGGGAAGUCAUAUCACUGGGGCUGGGUCAGCAUAUCCACCUAUCAACAUCAAUGUUUCGUCCUCGCAGUCUGCGCCCCAUAGGCUUGAUGUCUCGGCUCCGAGGGCAGCAGACAAUUCGCAGACUCUAAGCCCACUCGAAAUUCCGGGUCUCAGAGAUGUAGCUGUUAAGGAAUACAGUGAGUGGCAGGUCUCGAAUGUUAAGAACGACUCCCUCAAAUCUGCAUUUCGAGAAGUGUGUGAUAUGAUGCUCGAAAACGGUCUUGAUCUUGACCAAGUGUAUAGAGAUCAAGAUCCUCAUUUCUUCAUCGAGAAAGGAAUUAAAAUAGGCAUCGCUCGACGGUUCGUAGAGGAUAUUGGGAAGUGGGUUGGUAGCGUGAAGAAAGUCAUACCUGUCCUUGAAAACUAUUAG